CCUCACAUGUCUCUCAUGUGUUCCUCUGUGUGACUCCACCCAGCUCCCUCCUCUCAUGUUAUGAAAGCAGCACAGAGUGGAGGGUGUGAUCAUCUGAGUCCUCAGGCUGCACUGCUCUGCUAGCUGAUCCGCGAUGCUUCGUGUCACCACCACCUCCCUGUGCUCCUACUGCCAGAGGAUGAGGCUCCUCAUCCCUCCCUCUGCGUCGGCCUCCACACUGACGUCUCCCAACAAGAGACUGGAGAACCAGCUCACAGUGGACUCCCUCUAUCAGCUGUCCGUGGACAUCCGAAAGGUACGCAAGUUCAAGGGCUGGGUUCUGUCCGAGAACGCCGCCUACGUGUCUGAAACCGCCGACCUGCUGAGGGACAUGGGCGCAGACACAACUGUGAUCGCCCGAAUCCUGGAAACUCACCCCGAAGCCGUCCUGUGUCGGCCGGAGGACGUGGCCGCCCAGCGAGAACUUUGGUCGACCGUGUGCCCCAAUAAGCGCGAACUGAUGAGCAUCAUUGAAAAGUUUCCGGCUUCUUUCUUCACAUUGACUCACCAUAGCAACCAGCGGGCCAACAUCCUUUACCUGCAGACUCUCCGCCUCAGCAACAGGAUCAUCGGCAAGCUGAUGGCCAGCGCGCCGCAGAGCUUCAGCCGACCCGUGGAGCUGAACAAGGAGGUCAUCCACACUCUGAGGGAGACCUACCUGGACCUGGGCGGCGACGAGGGCAACCUGCGCGUCUGGCUGCAGAAGCUGCUGAGCCAGAACCCGUACAUCCUGCUGAGACCGGCCGAAGCCUGGAGGGACAGUGUAGGCUUCCUGAGGGAGCAGGGCUUCACCACGGAGGAGCUCCUCACCUUGGUGUCCAGCCUCAGAGCCUCCAUCGCCGAGCUGCAGCCGGACGCCAUGCAGCAGGCGCUGGCAUACGUCGGGGACGCCUUCGCCUGCUCCAAAGACGAACUCAAGCAAAUAGUCAUCCUCUGCCCGGCCAUUUUGUACUACUCCUUGCCCACCCUGGCGGGGCGGUUCCAAGGACUGAUGGAUGUCGGCGUGAGCAUGGAGCAGGUGAAGGAAUCUCCAAACGUCAUGGAGCUCACCACGCAGAUCGUCCUCUAUCGCAUCCAGAAGCUGGCGUCCUACGGGUACGACGUGCACUCUGGCAGCCUGGAUGUCAUUGUGGGAACUAAGAAGGACUUUGAGAUGAGUUACACCAAGCUGCACCUCAGGCAGCAGCGGCCGCUCUUCAACCCCGUCGCUCCUCUCAGAUCUGCUGAGGAGUGAACGUCACAAUAUGCAGUUAUACGGGGAGGAAAUAAUGUUUUAUGAAUGCUAUUUGAUGCUGUUUUUUGGGGGAAAGGGUUCACAGCUUCACCUUCGUGCAAUUGAAAUACCAAUCCUUCAGCAAUACAGAACUUGUAGUAUCGAGAACUGUACUAUGAAACUACUACGUUUCAGCCUGUGGCCUUCUUGAGGAUUCUCUGGUCUCAGCUGAGGGCUACGACACUGUGACUGUUUUAAAAUCGGUUUGGAAAUCAAGAUUUACUACUGUAAUGAACAAUGCUUGUCGUUACUGAUCAUAAUGAGCAAUAAAUGAUACGUUUAAAGUUGUAUUUG